AUGGCCAUAACUCCUUUCACGAUAGCCGUCCCUGACGAGCAGAUUAACCAGCUAAAUCAAAAGCUCCAGCAAGCAACCUUCCCCGAUGAACUCGAUGCCGCAGGCUGGGACAUGGGUGUUCCACUUGCGGAUAUGAAACGACUGGUUACCACCUGGCGUGAGAAUUUUGACUGGCGUGACCAGGAAAAGAAGCUUAAUGAACAGCUCAAGCAGUUUACAGUACCCGUCUCCGUGGAUGAUUUUGGGGAAUUGGAGAUCCAUGUUCUGCAUCAUCGGUCUGGGAACCCGCGGGCUAUCCCGCUACUGUUUAUGCAUGGGUGGCCUGGAAACUUCCUUGAAGCAACUAAGUUGAUUCCAUUGCUCAUGAAGGAUGAUGGUGGACCCGCAUUUGAUGUUGUCGCUCCUUCACUUCCUAACUAUGGGUUCUCACAAGGAGUCCAGAAGAAAGGAUUUGGCUUGGCCCAGUUCGCUGAAACCGCCCACAAAGUCAUGAUAGCCCUAGGCUAUGAUCAAUAUGUCAUACAAGGAGGAGAUUGGGGUAGCGCUAUCGCCCGUACAAUGACAGCCUACUACUCCAAACACAUCCAAGCCAUCCAUCUAAACACUAUCCCCGUGUCCCCACCCUACCCGUGGCACAGCCCACUCGGCUUCCUCAAAUCUCUCAUUAGUGUCCCAUUUUCAGCCAAAGACCGUGCAUGUAUCAGCCGCACAAUCGAGUACGUGACCAAAGGCAGCGCCUACAUGUUACAACAGGGAACCCGGCCCCAAACUCUAGGAUAUGGACUUCAAGAUAGUCCCGUUGCGCUACUGGCAUGGAUAUACGAUAAGCUGCACUCGUGGUCAGAUGCAUACCCGUGGACAGAUGAGGAGAUUCUGACAUGGGUGAGUGUGUAUUACUUUUCACGGGCGGGACCGACAGCUUCGACUAGGAUUUACUACGAAAGUUUGGCGCAGAAGCCGGAGGGCGUGAGCAAGUGGAUGAGUAUGGCUCAGAUGUUCGAUGCUCGGGCACCGGCGAAUGUGCGGUUUGCGGUGGCACAGUUUAAGGGGGAGAUUCUUCAGUGGCCUAUGGCGUGGUAUCGGGCUAUUGGGAAUGUGGUUAAAGAGACGGAAUAUGAGCGUGGAGGUCAUUUUGCGGCUUGGGAGGUGCCUGAGUUGGUUGCAGGUGAUUUGAAGGAGCUUCUGGGUAAGGGUGGGCCUGCCUAUGCGGUUAUAGAAGGUAAAGAUGGUUAUUGA